GAAGUAAAAGAAUAACUAAGAUGGCGUAGCGUUUUAUGUGCUAAAGGAGAUAUAGGUUUUUGCUGAUGUAAAGAUCGUUUGUAAUUCAAAAUUGAUUUGAUUGAAGCUGAAAUUGCUUCCAGGAUUAAAAUUGUGAAUACAUUAUACGAUUUAAAUACGUAUAGUGUGUUAUACGAUUCUGUAAUAUGGAAAAAUCCUUCGUUUUCCCGCGCGUAUUUUGAUGUUUAUUGAAUUGUUCUACAGAUUUUUUUUUGGCAUCGUUUAUGUCAUAUUUUGUAUUUAUAGCGAUAACACGUAUCGCAAAAAGAUAUGUAAGUAUUGUGGUUAGGUUAAAUGAGUCAGAGUAUUUAUGUUGCAAUAUUUAGAUUUUUUACAAUAUGUUGUGUUACGUCUUUUCUCACAAAACUUAUAUCUUCUAUCCUUUGAUGUCAUUAUUACAGUGUUAGUCAGCUUAUAAUUGUAUAAAGUUGAAUAAAUCUUAUCCCAUAUUCUGCGGAAAUGGGCCUGCCUUAUGAUUGGCAAAUCAACAAACAAAAAAUCUCGGAACGUGGUCAAUAUCUAUUGGAAACAGGACAAUGGUCCGAUUGCAGAUUUAUAGUUGGACAAGAACCACAUCAACAAACAUUAAAGGGACAUAAACUGUUUCUGGCUAUGUCUAGUCCUGUCUUUGAAGCUAUGUUUUUUGGGGGUUUGGCAGAAAAAAAUGACCCAAUACCUAUUCGAGAUGUUCAACCAGAAGCUUUUAAGGCUCUUUUAGAAUAUAUAUAUACAGAUCGAGUUGAUUUAGGUUCUUUUGAAUUAGCAUGCGAAUUAUGUUAUUGUGCCAAAAAGUACAUGCUACCUUCAUUGGUAGAGGAAUGUACAAAAUAUUUGUGGUCUGAUUUAUCUCCAAAAAAAGCUUGCAGAGCAUAUGAAUUUGCUAAAUUGUUUGAAGAACCUGUGUUAAUGGAGAAAUGUCUCUUAAUUAUUUGCACAAAAACAAAUGAAGUUUUAAAAGAAUCUAGUUGGGAAGAAGUUGAAUUAGGAACAUUGUUAACGGUGUUGGAGCAAGAAGAUUUACAAAUAAAUUCAGAGAUUGAAUUAUUCACUGCUGUAGAGCGGUGGGCAAAAGCUGAAUGUACACGAAAAUCCCUUGAUCCUACUGAUGGGAAGUCUUUAAAAUCUGUAAUUGGAAAUGCUUUAUCAAAAAUUAGAUUUCUGAGUUUAAGCCCUCAAGAGUUUGCAGAAGGCCCAGGAAUGUCUCCGUUACUUACUCAGCAUGAAGCUUUCGCUAUUCUUAUGAAUAUAUUGUGUACCGGAAACAAAGCACCUAUGCCAGAGGGAUUUUGUACUAAUUUGCAUAGUAGAGCUAAACCAUUAAAAGUUCAAAGUUCAAAUAUAGACUUAUUUUAUAGACGAAUUUCUACUCCACACUCUAGCAGUUCAUACAUACCAGUCUAUUGGUCUUCUUCUGAAUCUAGUAGUAACUUACAAAGUACACCCCCAAUAGUAAUUGAAGAUGGAGUAAGAAAAGAUGCUCUAAAUUUAGCUGUAAACAGUUCACCUCCGGUUGUAAUUGAAGGUGGUGUACGGGAGGGACCUAAAUAUUAUUGUUUAAGAUCAUUGCUUCAGCAAACUGAUUGUCUUAAUACAAAUGUGUUGGACUGUUCUGUAACAUUUACUGUAGAUAAAAAUAUUUGUGUAUUGGGUGUGCAAGUACCUACACAAAUUGCUAGUGUAACUAAUAAUAUGAAUCAUAUUCUUGAUACAACGUACACUGAAAUUUUAUAUGCCCAUCUUCUUGAUUCUGAUGAUACUCGAUUAACUUUUACACACUUUACGACAAAAGUAAAUAUUAAUACUCUGGUAGAAAUCACAUUUAAUCGACCUGUUUAUAUUCAGAAAAAUAAGGUUUAUAGAGUUGGAGUAGUUUUUAAUAAAGUUGGCUGGUACCCAAUGGGAGUGUGUACCCAAAGUAUGGCCUGUGAUUCUGUAUUUUUCACAUUUGGCGUUGGAAAUAGUUCAGAGAGUGUACGAGAUGGUCUUAUUCGAUCUAUAGUUUAUACAUACCACUGUUUGGGUACGUAAUACUAACAAUAAAAUUGAUUUACAUAAAAGGAAAAAGAAACGUAUUUAAAAUGUGUAAUAAAACAACGGUCUAUGUAUUCUGUUUGUUUCAUUGUUAGUUCAUUAUUUUAUUUUUUAAACUCUGUCGGUGCUAUCAUCCUCAUAAAAUUUCUAAACUAAAAAUUGUAAAUUGUAAAAAAGUAUGCUCCUUCAUUCAUUUUGACCAUAAUAAAAAAUUUAUACAAAACAAGUUUUUGACCUGUAUAA